AUGGCACAAUUUAGAGGAGCCUUGGAGAGUAAUGAGUUGUAUGAUGUAGGCUAUGUGGGGAAUCUUUUCACUUGGAGUAACAGACACUCAGAUCACACAUUCACAAAGGAAAGGCUGGAUCGUUACUUGAUGAGUGCAAAAUGGGAGGGUAUGUUUAGAGAGGUGGUGGUGGAAGGCUUAGUUGCAAGAAGUUCUGACCAUAAGCCAAUGUUGCUGUCUUUUGUGGAAGGUGAAAGAAGGCUAAAUAAGAGAGGUUUUGUCUUCAGGUUUGAAGCUAGCUGGUUGAAAGAUGAGGAGUGCAAGAGCUUGGUUGAAGGGGCCUGGUCUAAAAAGGUGCAGUCAAGUAAACCAAUAGAAAAAGGUGCAAAAGUUAUUGAGGAUAUGCGGUGA